AUUAUCUCCCAGAUCUUCAUGUGAACUACCCAGAAAGACUCUCUUUUUAUUUAUAGAUUUCAAAAACACUCUUUUGAAAGGACGACGCUCUGUUGUAUCAUGCAAGAUCUAAAAGAACAGAAUGGAUAUUGGCCAGAGGAGAUGAGUAUGAAGCUCCAGUACAACUGAUUGGGAUUUUUUUAGAGAAAUUACUUUUUUGGCUCCAUAUCGCAAGGUGUCUUUUGUUUAUUUUUCGUUUCUCCUCUUCAUUUAGUAUUCUGCGUUUGUUUUCACGUUUUCCCGGGUCACUGUCCUGCUUCUUGCGCGAUAUUUAGUUAAAGUUGUAGUUUGUGUCUUGGUUAUGUUAGCGGUGGGGCAAAUGGACGGGUCUCGCCAAAGCGCUUUCCUACUCAAUACCCCACCUUUAGCUGCUUUACACAGUAUGACCGAGAUGAAGACGCCGCUUUACCCAGCCUACCCGUUAUCUUCCACUGGACCAGCAUCCUCCACUUCACCGACAGCUACCUCUCCGAAUCCAGGUGGGAUCCCGGUCUCGUCCCCGGGGAUCAAAACCUCCAGUGGACUUUCAGCUCUCGCAUCAGCCCAGCAGUGCGCGAUCGCCACACCUCACGGAAUAAACGACAUCCUCAGCCGACCCUCGGUGGCUUGUUCUCCCGCAGGAAUCUUGUCUGGACUGCCCCGUUUCAGCAGCCUGAGUCCCCCACCGCCUCCAGGGCUUUAUUUCAGCCCUAGUGCCGCGGCUGUAGCGGUGGCUCGCUAUCCCAAACCCCUGACAGAGCUUCCCGGCAGAACCCCGAUAUUCUGGCCUGGAGUUAUGCAAAGCCCACACUGGAGAGAUGCCAGAUUUGCGUGCUCACCACAUCAAAACUCAGUUCUGCUCGACAAAGAUGGGAAAAGGAAACACACGCGACCGACGUUUUCCGGGCAGCAAAUUUUUGCACUGGAAAAAACAUUUGAGCAAACGAAAUAUUUAGCCGGCCCUGAAAGAGCCCGACUAGCCUACUCUUUAGGAAUGACAGAGAGUCAAGUCAAGGUGUGGUUUCAAAACCGAAGAACAAAAUGGAGAAAACGGCACGCGGCUGAAAUGGCCUCGGCGAAGAAAAAACAAGAUUCAGAAACCGAGAGGCUGAAAGGAGCUUCGGAAAAUGAAGACGACGACGACGACUACAAUAAACCUUUAGACCCAAACUCGGACGAUGAAAAAAUUACACAGUUACUGAAAAAACACAAACCGAACACAGCUCUUAUCAUUCACACGUCGGAAAACGAGAGCUCGUAAAAAGGAAACGGGAAAUGGGUUGUCAGAUUCUUCAAGAAGUGUCAAAAUUAAUAUAGGCUACUUUUCCCCCACCAAGUUUGAGCUCUGGUUUGAGAGGAAGGAUGCAGAUCAGAGGAAUAUGCACUAUUGGUGGAACUGAACGUGCAUCAGUGUCUGCUAUAGACACGUUUCAACAUAAAGACAACGGUACUUUUUUGUAAAUUAACAGCGUGAGUUGUAUCGCAUAGGAAUUAUAUUACUGUGAAUAUUUAUGUGUAAAAUAUUUUGAAUAGUAAACAUGACAGAAUUCGUUCACUUCGCUUCAGUUUAAUUUUUGGUUAAGGCUUUGUGAUUUGCAUUUUUUUCAUAUCAUUAAUUUGUGUAGGUGCUUAUCACCACGAGUUAUUUUAUUUUUUCUCUGAGUGUAAGUUCCCUCAACCAUUUGAUCUUUAAAAAUAAACAACAAUAGAAAUAUAUAACACCUUUCAGAAUUUACCACACUAAUGGCAAAAGACAUGAGCGACAGCUCAAAUUGAGGCUCAGUCAAAAGAUUUAUCUGGCUUUAACAAGUGUAAAUACAAACACCUAACCGUAUAUUUGUAAUAUAAUGCAUAGUGUUCGUCUCCCAAUGUUAGGAUGUUUCUUUUAUUUUCCCCCAUGAUUAAUUUAUGAUAUUUUAAGUUUGUAACAGUGUUUUGGAUCCUGCAAAAUGCGCCAUGCAGGUUCGUGUGUAUUGCACUUUUAUUUAAUAAAAUGUUAAACGUA